AUGCCAUUGAAGGAUAUACUGCAUCACUCAACAGACUUGGAAACAUUAGUUAAGACGUUUGAUACUGAUAUAUCGAAACUUUUAGUUUCUUUUUCGAAUGAAAAAAAGGCGUUAAUCUUAAUUCACAACAUUAACAAAAUGAAUAAAAAAAAGAUGAGGGUUGAUAAACGAAGUACAUUUCUUGUCUUAAUGUAUCAAAUGAUGAACUCUUCAAUAGGUACAGACUUUAAUAAACUCAUUGAUAUCAACGAAAUAGAUUUUUCCAAAUUUCCAUUGCCAUCUUUCUGCUUUAAUCAAGAGUUACUGAUUUUUGGAAAAUUUCUCGAAUUUAAAAAGAACAAAAAGACCGAAUACGAAAAAUCACAAACAAAUAUUUUCAAUUUAGAAGUUGCUUUGGAACAAUUGCACCACAAAAUGGAACUUGUGAACCACAUUAUCAAAGCAAAAAUUCAUCUUCAAUAUUGGGACUCAAAACAAAACACCCCAAGUCGUAGAAUUUUAUUUUACGAAGUGAGUAAAGCAGUUAUUGAGAUGAACAU